CCGCUCAUCGCUUAACGUUGGGUUUUACAUCCUCCUCUUCAAGCUCCACCACACAUACCUUCUAUCACCGGCAGUCCUCACCCACUUAUCAAUAUGUCUACGUCUACCUCCGCCGUCGCCGGCGCGUCUCGAGAGAUCACGCCGCCGCCUGCCCAGCCACCGACUCCGCCUGCCGGCAAUGAGAAGUUCCAGUUCGUUGAUCAGAUAGUCCAGUGGAUUGAGCAAAUCGACGAAGGGACACAUAGCCAUAAAGAGGCGUGGACCCAGUUCCAGUUUGUUGAAGGGGAGUUCGACGAGCUACAGCGACGCCUCGAGAGCUCGGAAUCCUGGGGAUUUUAUCAAGACAAGAUUCGCGACGAGUACGAUACUCAGACCCGGGAAUAUGCCGUCCGUAGGCCUACGAACAUCGGCGAGUCUUUCAUCAGGAGGCUGGAUACGGAGCUGUAUCGGUGGAGGAGCGACCUUUGCACACACGCUGCCAGCGAGACAGUCCAAAAAUUUGCUAGCGCCAUAAUCGACAUAGGGCACGCUACAAUCACCUUGCGAGAUGGUACCUAUUUCUCACCCGACAUUCAGUGCGCGCGCAAGGGGGAUCGUAUACCUUCCAUAAUCAUCGAAGUCGCAUACAAGCAACCACCCAAGAACCUGGAGAAAAUGGCCGUCAAAUAUCUGUUGCGCUCUAAUGAGUCCGUCCAAGUAGUCGUCGGCAUUGAUCUCAAAGAUGAAGCCACCCGGACGGCCACAAUUUCCGUUUGGAGGAGGCAACUCAUCGACGACGAACUAGUGGUAACUGCAGAACUCAAAGACCAGGAGAUUCGCGACAAUACUGGUAGCCCCACAGCCAAUGAGCCCCUCCGGAUCCGCCUCAGAGAUUUCGCCAAGGAUGAGACGUGCGAUAUCGAACUGGGAAGCGAGGACGCGGAAUUCGUCAUGACCAUGGCCCAACUAUGUGAGAUGUUGAAUAAAGUAGAAGAGGUCGAGGCUCAGCUCAGAGCCUUGCAGGAAGCAAAAGAGCCUAUGCCGAGGAUGGAGAUCAGGGGGUAUAUCGUCAACGGAAUGCGUCUCAGCCGGGAGGAAUACCUUGCACGGGAAGAAAGGCUAUACGGUCCACAAGGAGAGUACUCAAAUGCCGGGAACUGCUAG